AUGGGAGACAUUGAACAACCCCUCAAGUUACGCUCACUUGGGCGAUCUGAACAGCUUUCGGCAGUCUCUCACGCCCUGGGCUUUUUCAACAAUGUGGGCGUAUCAGCACACUACUCAGUAUCCGAACCUGCUGCUCAGUACCAUCUGCAACACAGCGUUUAUGCUGCGUUGGCACAUGUGAUAAAAGAACAUGCCAUCUUGUCAGCCAUUCCUGUCGACGAAGAGACUCCAAAUUCGUAUUGGGUACAGCUACCGACAAUCGAUCUCACACGCUCCGUUGCGUUCCUGACUCGAAAGCGGUCACUGGAAGAGACUGGAGAAGACUCUGAGCUCGAUGAUAUACUGCGAGAGCAACACAACAUAAACUUCAAGUCCGAUUAUGGCACACUGCCGUUUUGGCGCUUGGUCAUCCUCCGAGAUGCAGAGAACGAGCUCGACUUCACUGCCUCAUUCAUUUUCUACCACGGCAUUGGUGACGGUGCAGCUGGUCUAGUCUUCCACAAGUCCUUCAGCGAAGCAAUAAACGCAGCUUCAUCUAGCGAGUCUCUCUCCACCACACUCAUCCACUCCUCACCCAACGCCCAACUCCUUCCACCCCUCGAAAAACUCCACCCACUCCCCCUUAACCCAAACCCAGCCGACCACCGUACCCCAGGCCUCCAAGAAUGGACCGGCGACUCCAUCCGUCUCCCCUGCCAAACUCAUUACCGCACCCUCUACCUCUCCCCCACCUCCUCCGCUGCCUUCACCCAAAAAUGCAAGUCAAACAAUCUCUCCGUAACAGCCGGUCUCCAAGCCACUCUCGCCCACGCCCUCUUCGACUCCCUCCCCCCAACCACAGAAGCACUCACAGGCAUCAUACCCAUCAACCUCCGCCCCUGGCUCAACCUCCCUUCAGAAGCCGCCACAAACGCAAUCGGCAGCUUCAUCGACGCCAUAAAAGUCCAAAUACCGCGUUCACAUUUCGCCGCCGAGUCCGAAGACGCAGUGCUUGGACUUGCCGCUGCAAAACAUACUGCGAAUGCGAUAUCCAAGUAUCUAACAGCCAACCCCUCGCCGUCAGGUGAGCCGUACACCUCCGUCGCGUUCUUUGGCGCAAUUCCCGAUGUCGCUGCUGUGUUCAAGAGUAUGAUUGGGGCGCCGCGGGAUGCGGCGUUUGAGAUUUCAAAUAUUGGAAAGUUUCCAGGUAGUACUGGGGAUGAAGAUGCGAAGUGGCGGGUUGGUAGGAUGGCAUUUAGUCGCAGUGCGGUGGCGUUUGGGGCGCCGCUGAAUACGAGUGUUGUGUCUGGGGCGGAUGGGGGGUUGACGAUUGGAUUUUGUUGGCAGGAGGGAGUGUUGAACGAGGGUUUUGUGGAUGAGGUUGUCAAGGGGUUUGGGGGGUAUUUUGAGUCUGGGGGUUUUUAG